AGUGGUAAAUCGUUGUAUCUACAGUCAAUAUACGUGACAUAUAGUAAUCAGACUGGGGAUUUCGUGUUAAACGCUAUCCGGUUACAAGACUUUUCAAAGCGUAACUGCUAGUCCCACGGAGCGCUGCGUCAUCAUCACGGCGAAUCGUGCAGCGUUGAAUGACGUCUUAACUUCUGUCUCCUGCCUUUGGUUUUACGUGAGUGACGCUAGGCAGUGCACAGUGGUUGCCUGGUGCGGGGAUCGCUUCCCCUCGCUUUUACCCGCCUAGUUCGUUCCCUGUUGUCUUCUCAGUCGCGCGGAAGCUUCUUCGAGGCGAAAUGAGCGAGGCAGGGGCGGCAGUUGGCGCGGCGGAGGGAGGCCAGGCCUGGGAAGGGGUUCCAUCUGGAACGGCAUCGGCAGCACAGGAGGAGGGGCACAACGCAGAAGUGCUCAUCGUACCUGACAAGGCACAGCUGGCUGUACACAUUCUGCAGGAGUACGAUGGAAAUGAAGCGGACACAGGAAGUGUAGAUUCCCGGGAUGUGAGUCCCUUUGUCAGUCCCAGGGUCUCGCGGGACCCCAGCCCCGAAUCCCACCCAGAGGGAGGCGAGUGGACCCCACCAGACGACGAACUCAAAGACAAGAUCAUCAAGCAGGUCGAGUUCUAUUUCUCCGAUGCCAACAUCUUGAAGGAUGCUUUCCUUUUGAAACACGUGCGGCGGAACAAGGAGGGACUGGUCAACAUCAAGCUCAUCACAUCGUUCCGCAAAGUGAAGUCGUUAACCAAGGACUGGAGAGCCGUAGCCUACAGCCUCAAGCAAGCAGAAAGCCUUAGACUAAACGAAGAAGGGACAAAGGUGGGUCGUAAGGAGCCUCUACCAGAUUAUGACGAGACUACUCCCUCUAGAACAAUCGUGGCAAUGAACCUUGGUGUUGAAAACCCCACCAUAGAAAAAGUCAGUGCAAUGUUCUCACACUGCGGGGAAAUCGCCUUGAUCAGAAUUAUACGGCCAGGAGGAGUGAUCCCACAGGACGUGCGGAAGCACAUGUCCCGCCAUCCCGAGCUGGGUAACAACGUGUGUGCCGUGGUCGAGUUCGAGAAACACGAGAGUGCCCAGAUGGCGGUGGACAUGAUGAGCGCAAAGAACGACUGGAGAAAGGGGAUGCACGUCGCUCUUCUUGCACCUUGUGGUAAGAAGAAGGACAAGAAAGAACGACAAGACGCAGAGCGGAGGGGGAAGGAAGACACCCACAGUGAGGGGGAAGGAGACAAAGCCAAGAAGGACAAACAGAAGAAGAAGAAACGCCGCAGUCGGGUAGAAGAGCUGGCCCAUGGAGAUGAGCCCGCAGUGUACAGCAGUGGGUCGUCUGAUGUAGAAGUAGACGGCGUGUCGCCCUCCCCACCCCAACGCAGCCAACACAAACUGAGCCCUUCUUCCUACGCCCAUGCCUUGGACCCCAAUCGCCUCAGCCCGGGAAGUUCCCCGAGAAGCAGCCCUGCCAACAGCCCCAGAAACAGCCCGCGGAUGCAGCGGAAGGGUCGUGGCAGCGGAGUCUCCCCUCUCGCCUCUUCUCCAAAGAACAGCCCCCGUCCCAGUCCCAUGACGAGCCCCGAGAUGCGACGUAAGCGUGUUGACGCAGCGGCUGCCGGGGACUGGGAUCCCGGGGCCUCCCACAGUCCCUGGGUGCAGCGAAGACUGCUUGCUGCUCAAGAGGCAGCGCGAAUGUCGGACAACAGCCCCGGCACUAGCCCACUGCUACCACGCAAGCGGACGGACAGCAACACGUCCCUGGGACUGCGGCCCCGGACAGACAGCAACGCUUCCACCGGCAGCGCAGGAGGAGGGCCGCACAUGGUGCUGAUUCGCCAACCACGAGCACCGGACGGCUCCGGAGGGUUCCAUCCCGGAGUAGGGAGGCGCAAGCCACUACAGGAAAAUACCACCUAGACUAGAGAAUGGAACAAUCUUCUUCCCACAGUGGAUUGAAACAUACAGGCACUUGAUGUGUGAAUGAGGUCUGUGGUGUUUGUGCUACACAGUGUAUUUCCCCAUGCUCUGCAUGUACACUUAAGUAACCCCCAUUGAUUUACAUGGCAAGAUUUUGGAUUGAACAUUUCUAUACACAAAUUAUCAUUUUAUAAAAAAAAGGUUUCAUUUGUAUUGUUUCAUGGUAACUUUGCUGUUUGUUGCAGAUACCUAAAGAGAGAAAUGAUGAUGUUGUCACCAAAUUGCCUUACAAUUUUCAUGCACAUGUAUUUUGUGUUCUUCAGAGCCACAUUGCUUAAUGAUCUACUAGUACUUUGAGAGUUGUGAAAGUAAUAUUGAAAAGGCCAUCAUCCUUUUAAGUUUUUUUGUUUUCUCUUCAGUUCUUAAUAAUAUUUGUGAAAUCAAAUUUAGAGCAUUAAGAACCUUUUAAUUUAACCUUUCAUUUUAUGUUAAACAGUAAUGAUCAGGUACCCUUAUUUACAUUUAAUUUUUGGGUUCACAUUUUUAUGUUUUGUUAUCUGGUAUGCCAAUAAGUUUCUUUAAGUUAGAUUUUAGUAUCACUAGACUGCAUUAAUAAUUGUUUGUUUUAUGUAACAAUUUAAUUUCCUUUCUAACUGGUAAGAUACCGUUCCGGUAUUUUUUGGAUAUACAAUUAUGUUACACUUAUAAAAAAAAUGAUAAAACAGAAAUGAAAGGCAGGCUGAGGAAGAAACUUACAAAGAGAUCGUUUAAUGAUCAUGGGAUAUGAUAUUUUGUUCAUUUUAGAAGAUUGUAAAAUCUGUUGCUUUGGAGCAUGAAGUGAUGAAGAGCAAUUAUGAAUUAUGGAUUGUAAUCAAUUAAGGUUAUUUGUGAAAAUACAAGGUUUCUGGCUAAAUUAUUGAUCAGGCAAUUUCUGUUCCCAGUGUUUAAUUACACAAUGAAAACUUAACCCAUGAUUGCCCCCGAAAUAGCCUGAAUACACCAUGCUUCUAGCAGUAAUUUUACUGGUCAGCCAAUCAGCCCCAAACAGUGGGAGAUGGCUUAGCACAGGCUAACCCCCAAAAUAUCUGAUAUAAGCCUUUCUGAUAUUUUUUAAGGCUUUGUUUUAAUUGAAAAUCUCUACAGAUGUUGUAUUCAUAUUAUUCAUGUUAUAUUUAUCCCAAGUGGAUAGUGGGCUAUGCAGAAGAUGUGGUACAGAGGGAGGUAGAGAGCCAAUCCUUAUUUGAUUCAAAAUCUCUACAAUACAUAUGAUAUAACAUAGAGUUUGUCAGUUUUCAGAAUAUACUCCUGGAAACACUUUCUAAGUUAUUGCUGGCCUUUCAGUAUGAGAUGAUAGUUUCAGCUAUAUUUUAACCCUCUCACUGCCAAAGUAGCCAUUCAACACCAACUUUGUACUGGUUACAGGGAGAAGGUAGGAUAAGUCAUCUAAGCAAACAUAAUAUCAUGCAACUGGACAAACAACAUGCAAGAAAGAAAGGGUAAUGAAGAAUCACAGAAAAUUGCUUUGUUAGCAGUGAUAGUGUUUGCUUGUACAUUUAAUCUAUAAGAUCUAUAUCACCAACUACUGUGAAAAUAUUACUGUUUCAGUUCUACAGAAAUAUUGUUCAUAUGGGGCAGAUUCAGAGCGCAAUGUAAAUUCCACAGGUCCAAAAGUUUUUUCACACAUCACAUAUUCAAUGUCCACAUUGUAUAGUCGUAACUGAAAAGAAUGCAAUAUUUUGAUGUGUAAAAGAUUCAUAUAAGAAAAUGUAGCAAAAAAAGCAUCGAAAAUGUAGUUUUAUGUCAACCAGUGGCAUGUGUAUCUGGUGUCCUUUGUAUGGAACUCUAUUUUGUCAAGCAUAAACAUCGUGUAGAGAAAUGUGGAAGUAUAUUUGUAAUUGUAACAGGCUAGAAAAGACUAUAACUACAAAAAUGUAUCUGAAUUAGUGAAACCAGGGAGGUGUACAAAAAAGAGCACCGAAAGAAAUUGUCAUUCAGCAUUUUGGCCUCAUAGUAGUAUGCUACAUGUAUACAUGCCAGUCUUUGCCAACACUCGCUCCCAUGUAAAUUGUCCCAGACUGCAGUACACACAAGAAACAUACUUAAAACAUCAGAGCAAUUCAUGAAGAACUGAGGAGAGACUGAGGAACUGAUCAUUGAGCUAAGUAGAAAGAAGUGCACAGUACUCUGUACAUUGCACUCAGGGAUGUAUGAGUAUUUAAUACGGGAGCCAAGUAGCAGCAUGCUUAAGCCUUUGAUGACAACCAACCUGCAAUGUUUUGCAGCUCUUGGCUAUUUGGGGAAUUUGUGUGAAAAGGUAGCCUAUUUUUCCAAAUCUACAUCGCUUUGCAAAAACAAUGACUGUAAUUGUACAAUAAGUGGAUUCAUGGUUCCAACUGCACAUAAUAUUGUUUAUAAUAAUUUGUCAGAGUUUAAGGCCCCUGAGACAUAAACAAAACAUCUCUGGACAUGUAUGUGGCAUUUACAUAUUGAGCUCGCUUAUAAUUGGGCAGGUUAUUUAUGGGGAAAUGUGUAAACCUUUGAGACUCAAGUUUGUGUGUGUAGGAAUAAUGGAAGAAACCCAGCCAUCUCCCAUGUUAGAAUCUAUGAGGUAAUAUAGUUCUAGCAAAUAGAGGGAACGAGGCAAUCUGAUCCAACCAUUACUGGUAAGUUUGUGAUGAAACAAUACAGGAAUUUCCUCCAUUAAAUGUGUGCUCUUAUUGUAUUUUCUGGAGUCAAAAUGGACAAAUAUAUUGUCUUCAAAAUAUUGACAAUGUGGUUAAACCAUGGUUUAAGAAACUAACUUAAAAACUGAUGUACAGAAAGAUGUGAUAUUUCCAGAGUGCAGAACUAUUUAGCACAUUGCCCUCGGAAAUGUCAGGAAAACAAUCUGCAUAUCAAAGGAGCAGGUCAAUAUCACCAAGUUUGUUACCUCCUGAUUCCAAGUGUCCACAUCAGAUGGAGCACAGUAACUUGAUGAUAGGAAAAGGAUAUAAGACAUGUUCUAUUUCAUUACCAGUGUUAUGCUUUAUAUUUCGUGUUCACUGCAAUAGCAGUGUUGCCAAAAAAAAUUAUUGAUGGGUCAAAGAACAUCAUAUGAUAACUGUAAUCCUGUGGCUUGUUCUUGGCUCACACCCUGUCCAACUGUCAUGUCACUGCCUGGUGUAACAGAUACCGGUAAUUGUCUUUUCUGACUCAUAUAUCAAUACACUACUGAUCAACU